AUGAACGCCACGAAGCGGAAAUUCAAUGCCAUCAUCCAAGGCAUCGGAAACAAGCCUUCAUCACCAGCCAGCGACGUUUCGAAAGGUGAUGUCCCAUCACCCUCCCCAAGCUCAAUCCGAUCGUCAACAUCAACGACAACCAAGAUGACACCAGAAGCGAGCCUGCUGUCCAAGCGCCGGCGGGUAGGGGUUCCUGGGUCGACGCCCGAACCGGCCGGUCCGACAUCGAUAUCGAACGUCGUGCUGAGGAAAUGGAGCUCGAAUAAGAAGAACGCUGCACCGCAACCUCAGCCCAAAUACUGCCCCAGCGAUCGCAACGAACUGCUUCGGCGCUUAGCUACCUUCCAGGAGUUGGUAAAUUGGGCGCCGAAGCCCGACCGCGUGAACGAAGUAGAGUGGGCCAAGAGGGGUUGGAUUUGUCGCGGGAAGGAGAGGGUGCGUUGCGUGCUGUGCAACAAGGAACUUGUCGUGGGUUUAAACAGGAAAGAGGUGGACGGCAAGGAGGUCUCUGUCCUGGUUCCUUCAGAAAUAGAGGAGAAACUUGUGGAUAAGUAUGUCGAGCUUAUCGUUGAGUCCCACCAGGAGGACUGCCUCUGGCGGAAGCGUGGCUGUGAAGAUUCACUUCUACGUAUAUCAUUCAGUAAUGCGACUGCAAAUCUUGAAGGCCUGCGAAACAGAUACGACGAGCUCUGCGCAAGAAAGCCCUUCCUUCCGUAUGAGUUCAACCUGAAGCUUCCAGAGAACGUCAAUAUCGAUACCAUCCUCUCCCAGUUACCCACAGACUUUUUCUCAAACCCACCACCUCCGAAAGAUACCUCGGACCCAACUUCUCCAAACAGAACGGCACUUGUGUUAGCCAUCAUGGGCUGGCAAGGACUAUCCGAUUCGCGCAUAGGAGCGGUACCCAAUUCUGCUUCCUGCCAUACUUGCUUGCGCCGACUAGGAUUGUGGAUGUUUAAGAGCAAGGAGGUCGGCCCCAAUAACGAGGUGAUCGUGCCGGCCCCGAUGGACCAUCUCGAUCCCGUCAAAGAACACCGCUUUUUCUGUCCCUGGAAAAAUGCCCACACGCAACGCCUAGGAAGCGCGCGGCCGAACGCCAACAAUGACUUGCCGGCCUGGGAGAUGCUCACACAGUCUCUACGAAACGAAGCUUACCUCAGAGGUGUACUUGAUGAGUCGACCAAAGGAAGAAGCAAGGCCGUCGGGGUUGCAAGUCAGCAAGCACCUGCUACGCCGAGAACGCCACGUACCCCGGCCACAGCAGGACAAGAGACACCUUACACCCCGGGCGGCGGAGAAGAUGAGGAUGAUGAAGCAGCAAGAGAUGCGAAGGAUAAGGAGAGAUGGGCACGCCUGAGGAGGGUGAAGAGCUUGUUUGAUACGAAGGGCUCUAGGAGGCUGAGGAGGGCCGGUACCACCAGUCGUCCGGGAACGGCGGUGUCUACGAAGUCCACGAAAACCACUACGUCUACGGAAAAUCAGUAG